AUGUCUGCUAAUCAAGCAAAGAGAAAACCUAAACUUUGGAAAGCAAUGUUGAAAUAUUUCUCGUGGAAAGAAUAUGGACUUUUAAGUUUUACGUGUUUCGCUGCGAUCUCGGGAAAUAUUGUGUAUCGCUAUUCUACUCUAAAAUUAAUUUAUUCUUUGUGGAAUAUUACUGAACACGGUCUGCAGUCCAGAAAUCAGUAUCUUGUCAACGUAUGGGGCAUGAUUAUUGGAUCUAUAGUUACAAAUUUUGGCAUUCGACAUUUCAAUUUAAUCACGGCCAUUUUAGGAAUAAAAUCCAGAGCAGCCGUUGUUGGCCUGAUUUAUAAAAAG